GGCACCGGGCGAAGAACAGUUCAAACCAUUUGUUAACCCAUGGCGCAGGCAAAAACCACCAGGGCAGGAUGGAUAUUGGAUAGUGUGUGUGGUGUGAAGUCUGAACCGUGUGGUGGCCUGAGGGAAUGCACGCGUUCAUUCUGGCGCGCGAGGCCGCGAGCACAGCAAGGAGACCGGGUCUCCGCCUCCGCCUCGGCCUCGCCUUCAACACCCGUGCGCGUUGCCCCGGCACCUACCAUCUCGUUCCGCUCGCGUCAACGGCGGUUUGGAGGCAGCAAUCUCGCCAUAAAAGCCUCUCUUUUUUCUGUCAUUACAGCAGAUCUUCUCGUCGUGGCGCACCGCUUCCCCUCAGCUCAGCGACUGCUUCCUAGGCUCCUAGCUGUUCCGAGCGACGACGAUUCUCCCGGUGGUUCUUCCUCGUCCAGCUUCGUCUCGCGAGGUGGAUCUGCCGUCCGUGCCUGGGUUUCCUUGGAGCGGAGCAUCUCAUUUCCUUGGAGUUCCUGUCCUUCUCUGGAGAUCCGUGGAUGAAGAGGUCGAGGAAAAUCUGAGAGAGAGAGAGAGUUCACGAGAGGUUUGACGUCUAGGUGAGCCUAUCGACCGGUUCUCUCUCCGUGGCGUGAUGCGGUGCAGUUCUUGUCGGCGGCGCUCACGGAUUCCUGCCCUGUUCUCGCAGGUGAGCCGCACGCCGGGCCGGCUUCGCCGUCAUGCAGGCCGAGGAGGUGAAGUCGCGGUUCGGGCGGUGCCCGUACUGCCGCGCCAUGAUCUACCAGGACCUCACCGCCAUCAUCUUCUACUGCAGCAAGUGCCGCACGCCGAUCCGAGGCAAGAACCCGCGGCCGACCGACGAGACCGAGUACGCGCUCGCGCAGCUCGAGAUCCUCUCCGCCGAUACCGCGUCGGUCUUCUCCGACGACGUUGAGCCGCCGAAUCCGAGGUCGGGCUGGGGCGUCGACGACGACGACAACGGGCAGCCUCCGCUGGGGAGCAGGUCAACUACCGGUAGGAGCUUCGUGCCCAACAGCAGGCAGGGUACAGGAGCCGCGUCGUCCUCGCCGUACAGAGAGUCUGACUGGGUCAGAGAAGGCCCAAGAAGCAGGGCUAUGAACUCCGGCCUGAACCGGAACGACCAAAAGGAGGCUGAGUGGAGUGGUUCGCCGCUGCGCAGUCGCGUGACCGAACUCCGGCCGUCGUCGAGGAGAACCAGGCGAUCGAGCAGCGGCGAUGUGGACAUGCGCAGCGGCGCAGGAUCGGGCACCGACUCGGAGUCCGACAUGCCGGCUCCGGCUACGUCUUACCGGCGCCGGGCGUCGCCGCUGAGCUCGCAGGAACUCGAAGUGGCGUCGGUGCUGUCUGGAUUCGAGUCGAUCAAUAUCGAGAAAUCGCCGCUGAGUGACCCGGCGUUCCAGAAGGACCUCCUGCAGGCGCUGGACAACCUCCGGAAGCUCAUCGCCGCCGUCGACCAUCCGCGCAGCAUCGACGGGCAAUGGCAAGGCAUGAUGCCCCGGCUGAGCGCGUCUUGCAACGGCGACAGCAGCGGCAAGCGUACGAUAACAAGGCGCAGCUCCCGCCUCAUGCGCCGCCUGGAGUCGCAGCUCACGCGGGCAUUGCCCGUCGAGCGCCCGCGCCGGGACGCGAGCACCUCGUCCUCCUCGUCGGCAUCGAGCAGUCGACGCGGCGGCCUCAGGCCGCGGGCGCACCACUGCCGGCCGCUGCUGGGCGGCACGCCUUUCGUGGUCUGCGACGGAUGCUCGGUGAUACUGCAGCUGCCGGCCGCACUGCCCGCUGGCAGAGUCACCAGGCUGAAGUGCGGUGGCUGCGGCGAAGCGUUCGAGCUGACGCUGCAGGCGAGCGGCUCGACGGAGACGGGCCGGCCGAAUAGGAUCUUUUCCGCGCCGCAGCCUGCCGUCGGCGGCGGGGAGGACACCGAGUACGCGGUCGCGUGGAGCAACCUGAGCGGCGAGCAGCCACGGCCGGCGGGGCCGCUUCACCGCGUGCUGGGGUACAGCUCCGUCAGCUCGGUUCUCCGGAGCCGGCGGUACGACGAGCACAACUGAGCAUUUCUCUUGUACAUUUUUUCAGGGUCCUCCUUGCGGCGCGAGAAGAUUUCAGUGAUCUGUGACCAUUCAUGAACGAUUCUUCGUCCGAUACUUUUGUUACAUUAAGUUCGGUGUAAAUCGCAACGAGUUUGAUCAAAUUUGGGGAAUUUUCGUGAAGAGAUGUACAAAUUUUUUUCAUUGAUUGUGUAUUCUUUUAGCACAAAUUCGUCAUGAAAUUAUAUUUGUCCAUAAUGUGAAGAGGGGAUUGCUGUCA